AGUACACAGUACACACCACAGUGCUGUGCUACAACUGCGACACAACCCACAACACAGGCCAGGCCUACCCGCACUGGAAUCAUCACAGACUUCUUCACUGGCUUCUGGAAUACAGUGUGACAAAUCUCUCUCACCAGUCAAGAUCAAGUUUGCAACUUAUGUCAUGGAUGAAUAGUUGCAGUGUCUCUGUAGAGGAAAUUAGGGUGUCUCAGGAUGUCCAAGUCUUUUCUGCCACCAGAAGGUUUGAGGCAGAAGAUGAAUGUAUUUUCAGCGCGGACCUCGCAGUCUUUCAAGUCGCAAGAUCAAUCAACUGUGGUAAAGAUGCCAGAGAGUUUCAAAGGACGCGAAGUGAAAGAACCUCUUCACUUGUGGUGCUUUGACCUGACGUAUUUGUCACGUUCAUCACAAUUCCUGAUCCUUACUUUUCUGACGUUCGCUUUCUAUCUUGUUUAUGGCUACAUGCAGGAGCUGAUGUUCCGCCUUGAAGGCUUCAAGCCUUUUGGAUGGUAUCUCACGUUGAUUCAAUUUGCCUACUACACUUGUUUUGGAGUGGCUGAGCUACAACUGAAAGAAGACAAGACAAGGAAGAUUCCCUUGAGAGCUUACCUGGUCCUUGCCUUCCUGACUGUGGCCACCAUGGGUCUGUCCAACACAGCAGUGGGUUAUCUGAACUACCCCACACAGGUUAUCUUCAAGUGUUGCAAGCUCAUACCUGUGCUAAUUGGAGGCAUUGUGAUUCAAGGCAAAAAGUUCAGCCUGAUUGAUGUUUCUGCGUGUCUGUGUAUGAGUGUCGGCCUCAUUCUCUUUACCCUGGCUGACAGCACAGUCUCUCCAAACUUCAGCACUUAUGGUAUCAUUCUCAUUUCUUUGGCCUUAUGUGCGGAUGGUGUCAUUGGCAAUGUACAAGAAAAAACUCUCAAACAAUACGGAGCCAGCAAUGGUGAAAUGGUCCUGUACUCUUAUUCCAUCGGCUUUUUGUACAUCUUCACUGGGCUUCUCAUGACUGGGUCUCUUUUACCAGCAUUUUAUUUUUGCAAGGAGCAUAUAACAGAAACCUAUGGCUAUGCUGUGAUCUUCUCUAUAACGGGCUAUUUGGGUCUGUAUGUAGUGCUGACACUGGUGAAAUCAUUUGGUGCUUUAGUUGCAGUGACAGUUACCACCUGCCGUAAAGCUGUGACCAUCAUUUUGUCCUUUAUGUUCUUCACCAAGCCUUUCACUUCAGAGUACAUUUGGUCAGGCCUGGUGGUUGUUCUGGGUAUCUAUCUGAACCUCUACAGCAAGAACAAAGCUAGCUGGGAUGCUAAAUUUGCCCAGCUCAUGCAACGAUAUGGACUUUCCAAGCGACCUUAUGCGCUGGAGCCAGAAAAUAUUGUGUGAUUGGCUGCUGGUGUUGUAAAUAGGGAAGGGUGUGCUGUUUGGUAGAAAUGAGAUUACUCUCUGCAUAGUUUUAACCACACGCUUUAGUCUGCUUAUCUUAAUUUAAACAAUCGUAAAGCGUACUUUGAAUUUAAAAGAAUAACCUCUUUUUAAAAGAAAAAAAAACUUAGAUAAAAAAAGAGAAAGGUUGCUUGCGAGUCUUAAUUUUUGCAUAAACCCCUUACUUAGAAUGCCAGGUGUGGUACCUUUAAGUUUAUUAUAAUCCGGCUUCACUGUAUAAUUGCCAACAGCCUUCCAUGUGUGCCUUCUGGUGUUUUGACGAAUUGUCAUCCUUCUUGUGACAAAAAUAUGCCCUUCCUGCCGACCUGGAACCUCGGUUUUCUCUCGCCAGAUGUUCUCACCGAAGUAUGAAGCACACCAGUGGCAGGGUGUCCGUAGGAGUAAAGCCUCGUAGUGCUCGUUUUAUGAGAUGGUUUUGAGUACUGAGGCCACCGGAAAAGUGUUUAGGGGGCUCGAUACUUACGGGACAUUUUUUACUAAAGACAAACUGAAACAACUUUUAUCACAGGCAGAAAGUACGAGACAAAAGUUUCCUGUUCAACUGUUGACACACUGGAUUAUGUUAGCCGUUACCAUGGAAACGGCAGCCAUCUUGAAAAUUUGAUAGAAAAUAGUAGAGUUGGGUUGUUUUUUUCUCCACCAUUUCUACAGUUUGUAACUUUUUGGAAUUCUGUAUUUUGCAAAACGUCACAAAUAAAAGGUGCUUGCAGCUGGCUAUUUUGAUUUUUUACACUAUACUUAAAAAGUCGUCACACUCCAUACGUUGAAGGCUGCCGGUUUUGACUCUGACCGAGAUGUUUUAGCCAUGUCGACAUGGGAAGUCUCAAGGUGCCUGGAAUUACAAGUAGGAAUCUCAGUGGAAAGAGAUGGUUGGGAUUGGGAGGGAAGGGGUAGGGGAAAGGCGAAUUGUAAGUUGUGUAUUUACCUUUCAAUGACUUUCAACAAACUGGAACAGAGGUAGCAUCUAGUUCUAUUUACAUCUGUAUGUAACACAAACCAGUAUCGAGACUAAAAUCAAGCCUUAUAGCUCCAUGACAGCUAGUGUCAAGGCUGGAACCAAGGACAGAUCUGUUCACAGUAAAAAUUUGUAGCAGAUCUAGUAAUAGAUCUAGAUAUCUAGUCUAUAUUUUGCUUGUUGACUUUCAAUAAAAAUGAGCGAAAAAAAAUUACAGACAAAAAACACACAGCCUCUGGAGUUAUUAGAUCUCUAGAUUUAUAGUCUAGAACUACAAAAUUGAACUCUUACCUGUGUCUUUCUUCAAUGCUGGCUGAAGGAAUUGCCAACGGUGCAGGAUAGGUCUCUCUGCAUGCCGUUUCUCCCAAGGCCAGGUAUCAUUCUCCAGGAUCAGGGUCAAUGCAAUCGGAGGCUCUGCUUCUUUACAUGCAUAUUUACCCCUGGGUUUUUUAUAACAACGUUUCUUCUGACCAAAGGCAAACUAUUUUGGCAUCUUAACACUUUAUCAAACGCACGUGAUCUAGAUCUGAGUGUAAACUGCGAGUCAACAGGUGGCAUUCACUUCGUCUGUCAGUGUCUUCCCAAUGCUUGCCCGAGACGUAAACAUGCCAGGUACCCGAUGGCUUGUCAGGUUUAGACUUGAGCCAAAAUCGAUAACAUUCAUUUGAUUUCUUUUAGAAAUAUUUUAUUACUCAUAAUUCCAUAUAUUCACGUUAACUAAUAUAAUUUCUGGUUUACUUUGAUGAGAAAACACAAUAACACUAGGUCUACCGAAAGCUACUUUUAGCUAAACUAUAUAUGUGAACUGCACAGAAAUGAGAUUUCGACUACUUACAAUUGGUAGGUGUUCGCAAGGGCUAUUGGGAUUGGAACGGUAACCAACCAGAGUGAAGACGCAUACUAUCUUUGAACUUCAUCGAAGGGUUGCAGUAUGAAUGAAAGCCUUUGUUGGUAAAACCUUGUUAGAGAUGCGAAGCCAAGCCAUAAAUAGAUACCGGUACCAAAUGUGAUGAGCUUUGUUGACAAUUUCAUGUUUUCUGCCCGAUUUUCAAUAGCAGCUAGAUUCUAGUGUCUAUUUAAUCUAGACUGAAUGAGGGAUGAGAAAAUACCAAAAGUAAAGAAAUGCUGAGAGUGAGUGAAAAUCGGUCCUCGAGGCCCUAGACCCAACCCGCAAGCCCCCUUAACUGCUGCUGCAUCCUAGAAACAUGUAUUGCUUAUAGUGAAAACUGUCGAUGAACAGAUGGUUGGCAGAAAAUGCCUUCCCAUCCCUUUUGGUUUUACAGGGAGAAAGGGGAGGCGAGGAACUAUGAGUCACCAGUUUAGCUAAACUUGUUGUGGGAUGAUGUGUUUUUCUCAUGUUGCGGGGCAAAACUAUAUGUUCAUGUGGAAUCAGUUUGAUAAAUUUAACUUUUCUUCCAGAGGGUUUUUUUUAUAACCACGUGGUAUUUUCGUUAUGAAUACUUUACAUAUUUGAUGGUUUUAUUGGUUAUCUGUAGAUAUAGUUAUUUAUUAUUGAUCACCACUGUACAAUUUCCCGCUUUUACUCACUGCCAUAGCUGUCGUUUUGUCUUAGGUUUCUUUGCUAUGAGAAUGAGAUGACAAGACGAGUCUUAUAUUUGCUUUUGCUUUUAUAGUUUCACACUGUUGUUACUUUUAUUUUAAAUAACCCAUAAGGCUACUGUUUUGAAUGAUGAAUGAUGAAAAGUUUAUACAAUGUAUGGAAAUCUUUGUUGAGGACGCACUGUGUUUACUUUUGCUUAUAUGAUGCUGGGAGAUCCGAUUCUGUAAUGUUCUCAUCAUGCUGGGAGAUCCUGUAAUGUUCUCAUCAUGUGUAACCAGAUGUUAGGCACUUUUGAGAGCUGGAAUUAGAAGUUGCCAUCAGUGCUUGUACUUUUUAUACAGUCGAACCUGCUUUGACGGCGACCCGUAUAAUAAUAAUAAUAUGGCCACCUGUAAAAACGGCCGCUUUCCAUUUCACCCCUUGCGUUUUUUGUUUGUUUUUAAAAUAUAAUUUAACUGUGUAAAAUGGUCACCUGUCGAACACGGCCGCGGUCGCCUUAUUUUAUCUACUUUCAGUAAAUUUACCUGCCUGAGGCGGCCUGGCGUGGUCUCCACUCGCCCAAUGCUUUGUCAUAAAUUCUAAAUCGGCCUCUGACGCUGUGAACGGGCCGUCAUAAUCCAUUCACCUGUCGUUAUUGUUAGUCCCUCCAAUGAAUGUUUACCCAAGUUGACCAAUGGAAAACAAUAAAUUAUCAAGUGCUGUUGAAGGAAGCGUGUGAUCCGUCAUAACUUAUAAGCCCCGCCCACAACUCGUGCACAAAUCAUAUUUGAGGUGACUGGUCACUGUUUUGUUUACCAAAUCUGUAGCAAAGUGGCAAUGGACGUUAACGUGAGCUUGUGACAGAAGCAUCGCUCGUUCUCCGAGUAGUGGCGACCCAGUGUUUGUUUUACCAUGGCACUCGGUCUUCAUCGUACAUAACAUUUCAUAUAUUUUACACUUGCGCAGAAUCAGCAACAAACAAAAGCUAACCAAAAAACAAAUCAACGAAACAACUGCAACAAAAACUUCUUACACCCGCCGAAUCCCCAUCCUCCA